GGCUGCCAUCUUGAACUACUUUUAGAGGAUGAACAAAAACUGCAAAAUGCGAAGCUUUAACUGGGAAAAGACAAGAAUAUAAUACAUUAUAAAGGGAGAGCAAUGUAAAAAGAAACUCACAGGCCAAAAUAUUUACAGUACGUAACCUCAUACCUACAACAUGACAGAAGUAAUGACGUCCCGAGGAAAGGGAUUCUACGCUUCCAAGAAACUUGGUAUUGAAGUGAAUGAUAGCGUCACUUGGCAAGGAUGGGAGCCAGGGGGUGAAUAUACCAAGAAUAUUACUCUUAAGAAUGUACAGAUCAAAACACAGAAGCUAAAAUACAGGGGUCCAUCUACAAGAUUUUUUACCACUCUGUAUCCAAAACCCAUCGUUCUAAGUUCUGGGACAAGUUUUAAUCUCCCAGUGACCUUUAGACCACUUGAAAAGGACCAAUAUGAAGACCAAAUUGAAUUUGAAACUAAUAAUGGGAUAUUUUCCAUUCCCAUGAAAGCAGUUCUUCCUAAACCUGAUGUCAGUAUUCCAGAAUCAUUAAAUUUUGGUAUGUGUGCUGUUAAAGACAGCAUCGAGGUCACCUUUGAAGUGAAAAAUACAAGUGAACUGAUGACAUCAUUCCRCUGGGAAUUAUCUGAGCCGUUUACUCUUGUACCAUCAAGUGGUACACUUGCUCCUAAAACUGCUUGUUUUAUCAAGGCUACAUUUACGCCAAAGGCUGCAUUAGUUUAUGAAGCAGUAGCUAUUUGCAAAUAUUCACACGAGCCUGAAAACACAGAAUCAAAGUCCAUGAAAAUUGAAGGCAUUGGUAAAUUUCCACACCUUGUUGCCAGCACAAUGGGGAAAAAAAGAUCAACGGUUAGCAUGAAUGGUCAUGAGGUGCUAGUAGACUUUGGAGAGGUUCCUGUCCAGACAACUGAUGAAAAAUGGAUUGAGCUUCACAACUUUUCUCCUGUCAAUGCACCUUUCCAAAUCCUUCAGCCAUCUUCAUCAUCCAACAUCGAUACAGUAUUUUUUUGCUCCCAAUAUCAUGGCAUUGUGGCUCCUAACAGCACUGCUAGGAUAAAGGUUGCUUUUAACCCCAAUAUUCCCAAUCUCCAGUCUACUGAUACCUUUGAAGUGGUAGCACUUGGUGCAACCAACUGUUCUGUCAUCAAAUGUGUGGGUACUGGAAAAGGACCAUCUGUCUCACUUGAUUGUCCAUUCCUUGAUUUCACUGUUGUGGAGUCUGGAAAGCAGAUCGCAAGAACUUUUAAAAUUGCCAACUCCUCAUCUGUCCCUGCUGCAUUUCAGUUUCUGAUAGAUUGUGACCAGAGUGUCUACAGACUCAACACCACCUGUGGGCUCUUACCAGGGGGAGAGUCCAUCACCAUUAUUAUACACUUUACUCCCACUCAUCCUAUUAAUUAUUACAGACGACUGGCAUGCCUUGUACAAAAUCAGGAUCCUUUGUUCAUUGACUUGUUUGGAACCUGUCAAACAGAGCAAGUAAAACCAGCUCCACUUCAGCAAAAGCACCUAUUAAGAUAUCAUACCCAUGUAAGAAGAGGACUGUCUAAGAUGCCUCCAGAGCAACUUAAUGUUAUGCUACAAGCUGGCAAGCUCCAGAUAGAUGAAAAUGGGGCAUUAAUGCCAGCGGAGGGCACAAAGUUAGGAGAGAGUGAAAAUGUUUCCAUCACUCAACUAACAGCUAUGGAGGAGCUCUUUAACGAUGGCAGUUUUGGAGAAACUGCUCUGGUAGAACCUCAUGUUAGCUUGGAUAUCCAACACCUGUCUUUUGGUAAAGUACUCGAAGCAGGAACUGUAGAACAAAAGACUGUAAAUAUAACCAACCACACUAAAGGAAAGAUAACCUGUCAGUGGAUGAGAGAUAAAAAAGGCAUUUUCUCAGUAUCGCCCGAUAACUGUGAUAUAUUACCACUGCGGACAGCCUCAUUCAGAGUCACUUUCAGACCUAAUGCAUCAAACCAGUUCUUCAGUGCAGAACUUGAAUGUUAUUGCUUUUAUAAGAGUUUGAGAGACUACAGACUUGUUGAAGACAACUCUUUCUGUCCACCUUGGUGUUUGACUCUCGACACAUCAGGGCAAACAUUUUCCAUUGGAGCAGAGACCUUUAUCCCAAGAUACAAUUUAGAUGUUAGAAAUAUGGUGUUACCUGCCAUCACCCCGGAACAGAUGUCAUAUCGCACCUUAUUACUGACAAACACUGGAACAAAUCCUAUUAACUUUGACUUUGAGCAGGACCCAGACAGGAUCUUCAGCUGCAGACCAAGCAGGGGUCUUCUUACUGAUAAAUACCAGGUGGUUGUAUUUCGAAUGGUACCUCCAGAAGCAAAAGUCUUCAAACACACCAUGAAAUGUUGCCUAAAUGAAGCUGAUAAAUACACUCAGGAGAUCAACUUGUUAGGUUCUGCAGAAACUCCUCAAGUUCAACUUGGAGGAGAGGGAACAAUAUACUUUAAACCAACGUGCACUGGUACAUCGUCAACCAGAGCUUUGUCAGUCAAGAACACGUCACGUAUACCUCUAAGGUUUCGUUGGAAUGUCUCCGGAAAAGAUGUGAAAGUCCUAGCGAUUGAACCUCAGACUGGAAUGAUUGGACCGAAUGAAACGCAGUCCCAUUCAUUUACCUUUACUCCAAGUGAUGAGUCAAAGUACCUGGUGAAACCCAAACUCUUCAUAAGUAGUUCUCUAGAUCAGUUUAAGACUGACGAUGAGGUUAAAUACUUGGUGCGUGUGAUUGGUGAAGGGUCGGUGGGAGAGAUAAUCUGCGUGGAACCAAACGUUGACUUUGGCGACAUCAUAGUAGGAGGAUCGUCAUCUAAAGACAUAACCAUCCAUAAUAACAGUGAUUGUAGUCUUCAUUAUGACUUAUUGGUCGACCAGGAGAUACGAGGACCAUAUGAUGAUGAAGAGACUGCUAGAGAUGUCUUGGUAAUCGAAUUAAGCAACUCCAGUGGUAUUAUCCCAGCAAGUACAUCCAAGAAGAUCACUGCUACAGUGUUCCCUACUCGUCGUGUUACCUAUAAGUUCCUUCUCAGCUAUGUCUUACUCUCCACCACUGAUGACGGUGAGAACCAUCACAUCACUCGUAACAAGACCAUGUUAGCAGAGCUCCACUGUCAAGGAGUCUACCCUACCCUAUCAAUAUCCGAUGUCAGAGGUCUGGGCAGUAACAAGGGAUACAGUAAAGUCAAGCUAUGGAAUCUCUUCUCACUAGACAGCUUGAACGAGUGUCUAGAUUCUGAUCCCUCGCCCCCAGAGCUGAUGUACGCAGCAGCCACCAGACACAGUACGAAGAGACGUGUUCCUGUCUACACCCGUGCCGUCAUGGACUUUAACUUCGGUGCAUCACCCAAUGAUUCAGAUCCUGCUAUUAUCCACCUUAACUUACAGAACACUGGUUCUGUCCCUGCAGACUGGUCGUUUCUGUAUCCAAGUGAUCUUCAAUUGGAGCUUGAAUACUGGGCAGAGACUGGUGAAUACGACGCUGAUGAACUUCACGAGAUGCAAGUUAUGGAUAAGAAGUUGUUUACGGUGGAACCAAAGAAAGGUAGCCUAUCUCCAGGAGAAUCACAGACUUUAACCCUCACUUACAGGCAUUUGUUCACGGGAACCAAUAAGCUACCAGUUAUCUUCAAGAUUUCAAAAGGCAGAGAGAUAUUGCUGAACUUCAUAGGAGUAACAGUGGACCCAGGUGCUUAUUACGUCCAUUUUGCCAGUACAAAGCACCUGUUUGAGCCCGUCCCAGUAGGCGGGAACACUCCUCCAGUACAGAUCUACGAACUGCACAAUACUGGAUCGAUGCCCGUCAACUAUGAGCUUGAUUUAGAGCCACUGGACCAAUUAGAAGCGCAAAACUAUGGAUGUCGUAUACUGGACUGCCUGAACCCAUCAGGCGACAUUCCCCCUGGGUGUACAGCCCUCAUACAUUGGGUAUUUGCACCUCUGGAAGCCAAGACCUAUGUGGUCGACAUUCCUAUUCGUAUCAUUGGUGGCGAAGCUGUCCUCGUAACCUUCACGGGUGUUGGUUACGAUCAACGAAUCAUGGGUGACACUAUGCUCUUUAGCGAGGGUGUAUCUACUGGUGUGCCCUCCAAACAGAUUGUCCCUGUUCAACAUCAGCUUGCUACACUAUCCAUCGAAAGGCUUUCAUUCGGUAAUCUCCCAUUGUACACUCUUUGUCGUCGAGUGUUCUUCAUCACCAAUUCAUCUUCAGAUCACGUGAUAUCGUUCAGAUGGAACAUCGAGGGUUCCCCAGCAGAGAGGCUUUACUUGUUUAAAAUGAUAUGUUUCCCACGUUAUGUCAUGAACAAAGACACCAAUAGAGACAAACAAGACCUAUCAGCACUGGUCACGUGUUCAAGACCUGAGAUGGGCGUGGUCACGGAUCUCUUAUCCGUCAUCUUAAGGGGUCUUUUGUACGACGAAAGUUUCCACAAAAGCCUAAAGGAGCUAUCAAACGAACCCGUGCCGUACUUCCGACAGCUGUGCGAGACUCCCUUUACCCUCGACGAACCGACCUCUAGACCUUCCUCUGCUGGGAGCAGUGACAAAGAUGUAGCAGCCAAACCUAAAGAAGAAACGCCGCUCUCCAGAAAGGAUACACAAGCGUUACUCAUAAGUACUAGCCACGAAUUGGACGAUAGAGCCAUCACCAAGACCCACGAGAUUAUGCAAAGAUCUGGUUCAGCGUUGUCUGUGGUAGAGUAUCUGAAAGACCAACACUUGGAUCCGGAAUGGAAAUCGACACAGAGACAGAAGGCUCGAAGGUAA